UCCGGUAUUCGUCUGGCUCCAGUUGCUAGCUAAAUAAAUAUGCCUCUGCUUUUUCAUCACCAGAUUGCGAAUUUUAAUGACACGUAAAGAGAAGAGAAGGAAAAAAAAUAAGGAACAUGGCGCCAAUUCUAAGAAUAUUAGUGGCAAUUUGGUGCGCUUUGGCUGGUUUGUUGGCGCUGUGGUGCCUUUUGUGACCGUGUUUACACGCAGCUAGCCCUCCUGGGGGCUAAUGGAAGCUUGCAAGAUGGAGCUUGGAACAAUGUUGUACAACAAUUUAAAAGAAGUUACAUGGAGCACCACGUCCUUGCCGUUAGAUCAACUUGUCAGCGCUUAUCGUUUGCCACAAAUCGUCAAGCUGGACAACGGCCAGCUGGUGGAAGGCCUCAGAGAAAACGACUACCUCUUGAUUCAUUCCUGUCGUCAGUGGACAACCAUCACAGCUCACAGUUUGGAGGAAGGACACUACGUGAUUGGACCCAAAAUAGAAAUCCCUGUUCACUAUGAGGGUCAGUUUAAGCUGCUGGAGCAGGAUCGAGACGUUAAGGAGCCGAUACAAUACUUCAACAGUGUGGAGGAGGUGGCCAAAGCCUUCCCUGAGAGGGUUUAUGUCAUGGAAGAAAUCACUUUUAAUGUUAAGAUGGCUUCAGGAGAAUGCAAUGAGGACACUGAAGUUUAUAAUAUAACAUUGAGCACAGGCGAUGAGCUGACACUGAUGGGUCAAGCUGAGAUCCUGUACGCCAAGACCUCAAAAGAAAAAUCAAGAUUCAACACCAUCUUCAAGAAGAUUGGUAAGCUGAACUCAAUCAGCAAGAUGGGUCGUGGCAAGAUGCCCUGCUUGAUCUGCAUGAACCAUCGUACCAACGAGAGCAUCAGCUUACCUUUCCAGUGCAAAGGCCGCUUCAGCACCUGUAGUCCUCUGGAGCUCCAGAUGCAGGAUGGCGAGCACACCAUCCGCAACAUCGUGGAGAAAACCCGACUGCCGGUCAACGUCACGGUGCCUGGAAGUCCGCCUCGCAACCAGCACGACCUGCACCUCAUCCGGGAGGGCAAUCGCUACAAGUUAGUCAACAUUCAGACCAAGACAGUGGUUGUGUGCCUUGUCUUACGAAGCAACAAAAUUGUGCCCGUCCACUUCCCCUUCAUCACGGCUCUGCCUCGCUUUAUUAUCCCGGAGGAGCUGCUGCAGGGAGAGUUGUGGCUAGAAACCAUGGUGCAUCGCUGGUUCUCCUUCUGCCAGGAGCAGUUUGACAUUGACGACUAUUCACGUGCUGUCCGUGACGUGCGGACAGACUGGAACGAUGAGGGGAAGAGCCCCAAGAGGCAGAGUGGCGGGAACGGUAAUUGCUGCAGCGGUGGCGGGACCUCGAACGGAUGUCCCAACAGCAUGCAGAUUCCUAGCUCUUUGACAUACGCCCGCGAUGAACUCACACAGUCCUUUCACCGACUGUCUGUAUGCGUUUAUGGUAGCAACCUGCACGGUAACAACGAGGUCAACCUGCAGGGUUGCAUGACCCUCUGUGGCGACUGGGCUCUUUUGCCCUCUGACAGCCUUCCAGCUGACUCGGCAGAAAAUGAACACGUUCCCCCCCAAAUGUUGGACACUAAGCAGCAAGCAUCAAACAAUUCUGACGUUCCUUAUGAGGAGCUGUGGUUGGAUCGCCUAAGAAGCCAAAUCCCAAAGUCUUCUUUGACUGAGGGAGUCCGAGCUCUCGACAACGACUGCUCGACAAUGACAACAACAACAAAUUGCUCUUACCCGGACUUGCCACUCACAAGUCCUCUCGCUCCAGUUCCCGCUCACGAUGCGUCCCUCACACCGCCACCUGUCCCACCCAAAUCGGAAGCUGUGAAAGAAGAAUGUCGCCUGUUGAACGCGCCUCCAAUUCCUCCACGAAGUCUUAAACAGACGCCAUCAGAGCCUCUCGUGUCCAAGCCUCGCCAGCAGGAGACGCGCUCGCCAAGUCCAACCCUCUCUUAUUACUCGUCUGGGCUCCACAGCAUGGGAGGCUCCGAGCCAGAAGAGGUGUCAGACACACAUGAGAAGAAGAAGAGUGUCUGUUAUCCGUGUAACUGGAAUCACCUCACCAGCACGACCUCCCUAAGCAGGAAGUUGUCCUCCAGGUUGUCUUGGCCAAACAACGUGAGUAGGACAGGGAGUCAGAGUUUGGACAGUUACUACAGCUAUCCCAGGAAGAGAGCCAGCAACACUCAAAUUAAUAACUUCGAUGCACGCGGCAGCAAGAGUCUCAGCCUGAGAAGCAAAUCUUCGAGUUCCAACUCUCAAAUGUACAAAGACAUUGAAUGCAACACCAAUCAGAGCCUCUCUUGUCCCAUUUUACCGCCAAGGACUUCAAAGCUGAGGAGUUCAGAGGUCACAUGUUCACCGACUCAUGUCGACCAGCAGGAUGCGUCAAACUCGCAACACACAAUGAGCUCUGCCCACAGCCAGCAGUGGCAGCCUCCACCCAGCCUGGCCGGCCUCUCCAUAGAGGAAGUGUCCAAAUGUUUACGCUUCAUCGGUCUGCCCGACGAUAUCGUCCUCAUUUUCACCCGCGAGAAGAUCGAUGGAAACUUUCUGAUGCAGCUCACUGAAGAGAUUCUCUCGGAGGACUUCAAGCUCAGCAAACUGCAGCUCACCAAACUCCUGCAGUUCAUCCAUGGAUGGAGGCCCAAAAUAUGAAAUAUAUCACAUGGAAAAUUUGUACAAGACCCUUAUAUCUUCAGCACAACUACUAAUUACUACAAUAUAUCCCCCUAUACAUGGACACCAAUAAGUACCUCAGUACAUUGGUCAUGUUCAUAUACACAUAUGGAAUACUUCAGUACAACCCCCAUUUUCAUGUAUACAUGAAUACUAUGAAACAUCCCCCCUUAUUUAUUUACACAAAAAAAAACUACAGCACAUCCCCACUCUCAUGUACACAUGAAUACUACGAUACAUCCCCCCUUAUUUAUUUACACAAAUAAAUACUACAGCACAUCCCCAUUUUCAUGUACACAUUAAUACUAAGAUACAGUCCCCAUAUUUAUUUACACAAAUAAAUACUACAGUACACCUCCCAUUUUCAUGUACACAUGGCAACACUAAAUGGUCCCUAGUGUGUGAAUGUGAGUGUGAAUGUUGUCUGUCUAUUUGUGUUGGCCCUGCGAUGAGGUGGCGACUUGUCCAGGGUGUACCUCGCCUUCCACCCGAUUGUAGCUGAGAUAGGCUCCAGCACCCCCCGCGACUCCAAAGGGAAUAAACGGUUGACAAUGGAUGCAUGGAUGAAUACUAUGAUACAUCCCCAAUAUUUAUUUACACAAAUAAACCCUCAAACUCAUGUACACAUAUGGAUGACUACAGUACAACCCCGAUUUUCAUGUACCGUAUUUUUCGGAGUAUAAGUCGCUCCGAAGUAUAAGUCGCACCUGCCGAAAAUGCAUUAUAAAGAAGAAAAAAAACAUAUAUAAGUCACACUGCAGUAUAAGUCGCAUUCUUGGGGAAAUUUAUUUGAUAAAACCUAACACCAAGAAUAGACAUUUGAACGGCAAUUUAAAAUAAAUAAAGAAUAGUGAGCAACAGGCUGAAUAAGUGUACGUUAUAUGACGCAUAAAUAACCAACUGAGAAGGUGCCUGGUAUGUUAACGUAACAUAUUAUGGUAAGAGUUAUUCAAAUAACUAUAACGCAGGGGUCGGCAACCCGCGGCUCCAGAGCUCUUUGGCAACUCUGAUGCGGCUCAGCUGCACAAUCGCCAACCCCCCAGAUUGUUGCGGGGAGAUUCCGGAAUUCAAUGCCUCUCCCGGACGUUCUCCAAUUUUCACUCGGACUAAAAUCUUAAGGGCGUGCCGUGAUGAUAUUACUCUUAACGUCCUCUUGAACGUCAUUGCGCCCGCCAUUCACGGAAUGCUAUUUGCGUCCUCUUGAAUUUCAUCGCGCCCGCAAUUCACGGAAUGCUAUUUGCGUGCCGACUUGAUACAUGCAUUUCGCUGCUUCUAUCGGUAAAUGUAUGAGAUUGCAAGGCAUACUGGGUGACACAGAGUACACUGACGGUUGUGAUAUAAACAACUUUAACACUCCUACUAAUA